CGGGGGGGGGCGCCGAGCCGGGGGGCCAGAGGCGGAUGGAGCCAGCGAUGGAGCCCGAGACACUGGAGGCGCGAAUCAACAGAGCCACGAACCCCCUGAACAAGGAGCUGAACUGGGCCAGCAUCAACGGCUUCUGCGAGCAGCUCAGCGAGGACCUGGAAGGGCCUCCACUUGCUACCCGGCUGUUGGCACACAAGAUCCAGUCCCCGCAGGAGUGGGAGGCCGUCCAGGCCCUGACGGUUCUGGAAACAUGUAUGAAGAACUGUGGCAAGAGGUUCCACGAUGAGGUGGGCAAAUUCCGCUUCCUGAACGAGCUCAUCAAAGUGGUGUCUCCCAAGUACCUGGGCUCCCGGACAUCAGACAAGGUAAAGAACAAGAUCUUAGAACUGCUCUACAGCUGGACUGUUGGCCUGCCUGAGGAGGUGAAGAUCGCAGAGGCCUACCAGAUGCUUAAGAAGCAGGGGAUUGUGAAGUGUGACCCCAAGCUUCCUGAGGAUGCUGCCUUUCCCAUCCCCCCUCCUCGGCCCAAGAAUGUGAUCUUCGAAGAUGAAGAGAAGUCCAAGAUGCUGGCACGCCUGCUGAAGAGCUCCCAUCCCGAGGAUCUCCGGGCAGCCAACAAGCUCAUCAAGGAGAUGGUUCAGGAGGACCAGAAACGCAUGGAGAAGAUCUCAAAGCGAGUGAACGCCAUCGAGGAGGUGAACAACAACGUGAAACUGUUGACGGAGAUGGUGCUGAGCCACAGCCAGGGCGCCACAGCCUGCAGCGGCAGUGAGGACCUCAUGAAGGAACUGUACCAGCGCUGUGAGCGGAUGCGCCCCACGCUUUUCCGACUGGCCAGCGAUACAGAAGACAAUGACGAGGCUCUAGCGGAGAUCCUGCAGGCCAACGACAACCUCACCCAGGUGAUCAACCUGUACAAGCAGCUGGUGCAGGGCGAGGAGGUCAAUGGCGAUGCUACGGCCGGCUCCAUCCCCGGGAGCACCUCAGCCCUGCUGGACCUCUCAGGCCUGGACCUCCCUCCUGCGGGCACCACGUAUCCCACCGUGCCUACCUGCUCUGGUGACCAGGCCAGCCCUGAGCAGCCCAGCGCCUCAGUUUCCCUGCUUGAUGACGAGCUCAUGUCUCUGGGCCUAAGUGACCCCACGCCCCCUUCAGGCCCUGUCUCGGAAGCUGCUGGAUGGAACAGCUUCCAGUCCUCGGAUGGCGCUGAGCCCCUGGCUCCCAGCACAGACAGCCAACCCUCGGUGCAGGCGGCGCAGCCAGCCAGCAGCGGCCUGGACGACCUGGACCUCCUGGGGAAGACCCUCCUGCAGCAGGCGCUGCCACCCGAAGCCCAGCAAGUGCGGUGGGAGAAGCAGCAGCCUGCCCCCAGGCUCACACUCCGGGACCUGCAGAGUCGGAGCAGCUGUAGCUCACCCAGCCCCAGUGCCACCGGUCUCCUCCACACCACGUCCCCGGAGCCCCCCGGGCCUGCGCAGCAGCCUGCGCCCACCGAGCUCUCACUGGCCAGCAUCACUGUGCCCCUGGAGUCCAUCAAGCCCAGUAGCAUCUUGCCCGUGACAGUGUAUGACCAGCACGGCUUCCGAGUCCUCUUCCACUUUGCCCGGGACCCGCUGCCCGGGCGCUCCGACGUUCUGGUGGUGGUGGUGUCCAUGCUGAGCACCGCCCCCCAGCCCAUCCGCAAUAUUGUUUUCCAGUCAGCUGUCCCCAAGGUCAUGAAGGUGAAGCUGCAGCCACCCUCGGGCACAGAGCUGCCGGCAUUCAACCCCAUUGUCCACCCCUCAGCCAUCACCCAGGUCCUGCUUCUUGCCAACCCCCAGAAGGAGAAGGUUCGCCUCCGCUACAAGCUCAUCUUCACCAUGGGCGACCAGACCUACAACGAGAUGGGGGAUGUGGACCAGUUCCCCCCACCCGAAACCUGGGGAAGCCUCUAGAACAGAGGGCCUGGGGAGAGGCGGGGCAGAGGGACUGGCUGCAGUCCAGCCUGGUGCUUCUCCCCUCCCACAGGGCCCCCAAGGACUCUUCCUCUCCCCCUUGGCCGCCCCGCUGCCGAGCCAAACCUAGCCGGAGGCUGGGCCUGGGUUUGUGCUGCAGGGGUCUCCCAUCUCCUGUGGGAGCUUAGGGGAAGGGGCUGCAGCCCCUAGAAGGACUUGAGGUCAAAGGGAAGAAACAUGGCCAUCGGGCCCAGCCCUGACCCCAGCUUGGGGUGGGGUCUUCCCCACCUGUCUCUUAAUGCCUUAUGGAAAGGCCCAGCCAUAACUGGAGGUGGUGCUGGAGCCCAGCGACUGGGGGCCUGCACCUCAGCUCUUUGCACUCUGGUGUGUGGUUUGGCUCUUUUUGUUUUCAGAGUGACCAACCCUGUGGUCACAGUCUCAGGGGGGACUGAGCUGGGGGAGCCCCACCUGGCCCCUCCCCGGGGGCGGGGGAGCUCCAUUGCUUCAGGCUUCCUACGGACCUAUGGGAGCCCAAGGGUGACGCCACAGGGAGCUGGAUCCCCCCCCCUCCCCGCAAGGGCUGCAGAGUUCCCGGGGUUCUGUACGUCUCCUUCCUUCAUCCGCCUCUGCAGGGGCCUGCCCUGAGCAUCUCACGUCUGUCCAUCCAUCUGUCUGGUCAGAAGUGGGGUCUGUGUGUGAGUGAGAGCAGGAGUAUUUAUGAAAAUAA